UUUGGGUCUGAGAGCCGGCUUAGAAGGAAGGGGGCUGUAAUGGGGGACAAUCUGGCAUUCUGCGUUUAUGCAAGUAGAAUUUUGUUCUCUUUUCUUUGCGUAGCUGCAUCGAAUCAGGAAGGGUAAGGAAAGUCCCCUGGUUUCUUGUCCGUUGGGUAGAAACAAAGGUAACCAUGGAAUCAGCUAAACCAGGGAUCCUGAGAGGUCAAGGGUGUAUCAGCCAGACUUGGCCGGCUUGAAAUAAGAAAGCGAAAGCUCACAGAGGCCCAAGAAGCCCUUCUCCCCAGUCCGGAAGCUGCUGCCGAGCAGAGUGGAAAGCCCUCGACCUCAGCCCACCCAAACCGUUUGCAGGAGCGGGGCCCCGAAGAGGCAGACGCUGAGAGGCCUGUGCACGGCGCCCGCGGGGGGCAGGCGGCCCAUGGAUAAGUUCCGGGCGGUGCUGGACCUGCACCUCAAGCAUCACAGCACGCUGGGCUACGGCCUGGUGACCCUCCUGACGGCGGGCGGCGAGCGCGUGUUCUCCACCGCGGUAUUCCAGUGUCCCUGCAGCGCCACCUGGAACCUGCCCUACGGCCUGGUCUUCCUGCUGGUGCCCGCGCUCGCCCUCUUCCUGCUGGGCUACGUGCUCAACGCGCGCACCUGGCGCCUGCUGACCGGCUGCUGCGCGCGCGGCGCCCGCUCGGGGGGCUGCGGCGCGGCGCGGCGGGCCGUCCUGGUGUUCGCGCAGCUCAGCGCCACCGCCGCCGUCGCGCCGCUCACCUGGGUGUCGGUGGCGCUGCUCGGGGGCGCCUUCUACGAGUGCGCCGCCUCCGGGAGCGGCCCCCUGGCGCGGCGCCUGUGCCGCGGCCGCGACCCCACCUGCGAGGCCCGGCUGCCGCUGGCGCCCUGCAGCCCCGCGCAGGCGGCCGACGUGCAGGACCUGCUGAAGGAGCUCAAGGCCCAGUCGCAGGUUCUGGGCUGGAUCCUGAUAGCAGUUGUCAUCAUCUUCCUUCUGAUCUUUACAUCUGUCUCCCGAUGUCUAUCUCCAGUUAGUUUCCUGCAGCUGAAAUUCUGGAAAAUCUAUUUGGAACAGGAGCAGCAGAUCCUUAAAAGUCAGGCCACAGAGCAUGCAACAGAACUGGCCAAAGAGAAUAUUAAAUGUUUCUUUGAAUGCACGCAUCCAAAGCAGUACAACACCCCCAGUGUCAAAGACUGGCAGCAAAUUUCCUCACUGUAUACUUUCAAUCCAAAGGACCAGUACUACAGCAUGUUGCACAAAUAUGUCAACAGAAAAGAGAAGAGUCAGAGUAUCAGAUCUAACGAAGGAGAUGUAGUGAUUCCCAUUCUUGGCUUUGUAGAUACACCCGGUAUGAACACUGCUGCCGAGUUAUGACCCUAUGAAUGAAUAUAGGGAAAGUUCUUUUGAGUUUUCACUUCAUUAAAAAAUAAAAAGCUUUGGUAUCGUG